AACUAGUUGGUCCUUCAGAUUGGUUGUAUGUUCCGGCGUUGAGGAUGCUUUGCCAUUUCUGGCACUCCAUUACAUGCUGAAAACACGAUCAGUGGACUCCCUCAUUUUGGACACAACUGUCUGAGGCUGCUUGUGCCGAUUUGAUCUGACCUCUGUUUCGAUGUUGGAAAUGUCGUCUCACUAUCAGAAUACAACACCUUCACAGGUCUCCUUUUCAAUGCUCGCACGUAUCUUUUUGAAUCUACGAUACAGUCGUUGCCUUUUCCAUAAUAUGACUUUGUCCUGCUGUAAGAAGAUGCCUCUCAUGGACGCCACCAUCUUCGCGAAGAGGGCGUGGAAACAUUAAACAGUGGCAUGACGAUUGGUUGGUUUAUUCCAUAAAAAAAUGGGGGGGUAAUCCAAGUAAAAGGUGUUAUGUUGGUAAUACUGAUCUGUAAAACAAUAUUAUAUGCUUAACUUUUAAUUUAAAUACUCCUCGUUGUCUUGAGAUAGAUUUGAUCUGCGAUUGAGCGGCAAAUCAUUGUAUCUGUACCGAAAAACGUUGUCUUCCAUAGAAUCGAUACCAGAGCAAUCGAUUGCAAGGUUCCUCAUUCGACGUAGACAAACAGAGCGUGAAAAAUAAUCGUACAGUAAGUACACAGCAAACUCACCUGGGAUAUCAUGGCUUUGAGGCGAGCCUUGCAUUUCGUUUUCAAAGUGGGUGACAGAAGCAAAACGGCCACCUUUUACCGAGAUGUGCUUGGCAUGAAGAUUUUGCGUCAUGAAGAGUUUGAAGAGGGAUGCAAGGCCACUUGUAAUGGCCCUUAUGAUGGAAAAUGGAGCAAGACAAUGGUUGGCUUUGGUCCAGAGGAUGAUCACUUUGUGGCUGAGCUGACCUACAAUUAUGGAGUGGGAGAAUAUCGCCUUGGCAAUGACUUCCUGGGUCUGACUCUGCAGUCUAGCCAGGCUGUCAGCAAUGCUAAGCGGCUUGGUUGGCCCCUCACUGAGGUUGGAGAGGCUCUCUAUCUGGUUGAGGCCCCUGGAGGUUACCGCUUCUACCUGGUGGACAAAGAUCAGCCUCACAAUGAUCCUGUACAGAAGGUAUGUCUGGCAGUGUCUGACCUGCAGAAAUCAACACACUACUGGUCCUCCCUUCUGGGGAUGAAGGUGAUAGAGAGAAAUGAGGAGAAAAAGACUGUGCUGAUGGGAUUCGCAGACACUCAGUGUAAACUAGAGCUUUACAACAUUGGUGGGAUAGUAGAUCAUGGGACAGCUUUCGGGAGGAUAGCAUUCUCCUGUCCACAUAAGCAGUUGCCAGAUCUUGAAGCCCUGAUGACAAAAGAAAACUAUAAAAUCCUUACUCCUUUGGUUAGCCUGGACACCCCUGGGAAGGCUACAGUAGAAGUGGUCAUUCUGGCUGAUCCAGAUGCCCAUGAGAUCUGCUUUGUGGGAGAUGAGGCAUUCAGACAACUCUCCCAUAUGGAGCCCAGUGGAAAUGCGUUGCUGGAUAAGGCUAUUGCUGAAGAUAAAAGUGAUGAGUGGUUUGCCAAGCACAACAAGCAGAAGGCUUCAGUGUAAAUGCUUAGAACAUAGCUGAGCCGUCAUGGGUCUACUGGACAUCUCCAACUACUGUACCUGGAUGUGUUUGUGAACACUCCAAUAGAGGUGUAGAGCAUGGGCUCUCUAAUUGUCUGUAUAUUUUGCCCUGUAUAUGGCAUUAACCUUCCAGCUGCACUACGUCAGUAGAUUUUACUCAACCAGAAGCAUUAUAUAGAGAUGUUUAGGAGACUGAAAGUGUACCUGUAUUUCAGUCUUACUGUGGCAGAAGCUUGAUGAACAUGGACAACUUUUAAAUGAAUCAUGUUUUUGUAUGCAAAGAAAUUGUACCUGUUCAGCUCAAUGAAAUGAAUAAAACACUGUAAUAAUUCUGACUUCAUCAGAACAGUGAAGUGCAAGAC